GAACAACCUUCUCGAUCCAGAUGCAGUGUUUGGAUGUUGGCCUGAAGCUGUGGAAACAGUUGUCCUUAAACCUGUUUUUUUCAAUGGCAGUUCAGUCUUACCUCAGAAGCAAACUUUUACUGCUCAUUAUCAUCAAGUUGAAAAAAAGGUACUGAAUUAAACUUUAGAUGUACGCUAGCUCCCCAAUACAAAAAAAACUUAAAACACCUUCCCCUCCCUAUGCCGAGACUGGCGGCGGACCUAUGUUGGUGCAGCGCGGCGGGCGGCGGACUUAUUUUGGUGCAGCACAGGGUAAGAUGGAGGCGUGCGGCGGGAAGAAGGUGCAGAAAGGUUUGCCUGUCGGUGUUGACUUUUUCCAGGUGAUGGAGGUGGCGAACGGCUGGAUCGUGGAUUUCAUGUGUUACAGUCUGUACCGCUAUUUCGGGGCAGGGAUGUUCGAGGAGUUCCGAAUGAUGAGGGACGCCAUGAAUGGUUUUGUUCAGCAGCCUUCCAUUAUAGAGUCCAACGAGGCAAAGAAGGUGCAUAUCUGCCAAAUCCUAUCUCGAAUUGUAGAAGGAGACAAUCUUGAUGUCCAGUUUGAUAAAGAUGAAAGUAUAACCCCAUUGGAAUCUGCGUUAAUGGUUUUGAACGAAAUGGUGGGCAACAGUGAGCUACAGGAAGAUGCACUAUUUGCAGAUUUGAAACGAUUACUUCAAAUACAGAGUGUGGCAGUCUGUAUAGACAAGGGGGACUUCAAGAAAGCUACUGAAGUUCUGGAACGGCAGUUUCAGGAAAAUAUCACCUCUGAAUCAGACCAGUCCUUGAGAAGGAAGCUUUCCUUGAUUAUCACCAAGAAAGAUCCAUAUCAUAAAUUUCUUAAUAACUUUAGCAACGAGCGAUUGGUUGAGUGUGCUGAAUCUCUUGCUAGUAGAAUGAUAAGUGAGAAAAACUCAAACUUUCUUUUUCAAGCAGCACACAAAGUGGUUGAGUCCAAAAUGAAAGGAGAUGCAAACCUGAACAGUUCUGGAGAUGAGAGUAAUCAUGAACAUCAGGAAGACAAAUGUGGGGAUUUAUUACGAGACAUUGAUGGAGAGUUGAAUAACACAGAAUUUAAUAUAAAAAGAUCCAAAAAGCAACUGUACAGUUUCUCUCUCCACAAAGAGUGGAAGCCAAUAAAAUCUGAAGCAAACAAAAAUUUCUUGGGGAAAAGAAAGAAGUCAUCUGGGAGGGAGAAGAGGGUCACGUGUAGUGGUCAUCUGGUGAAAAUUAAAAAGCAAAGUAUGUCAACUAAUUCGGGUGUGCCAAGGAAGAAAAGACCCUGGCUAUGGGAAGAAGACGUGCAACUGAAAGAAGGAGUAAGAAAAUUUGGACCUGGAAAUUGGACCAAAUUUGGAGGGCACUAUGAAUUCCACCAAUCGUACUAGUGUGAUGCUGAAGGACAGAUGGAGAACUAUGAAAAGGCUCUGCCAUGGUGCACUCGGAUGAAGAGAGCUGAGAACUAAUACCAACUAUGGAAUUUUUGAUGCUGAGCACCAUCACAGUGAAGGGAUGGAUUGGUGAUCUUAUUCCUAUUUUUUUAUGCCAGUUGGAGACCAAACCCAUUUAACCUCUGGGUCCACAGCUUUGAAGGAACCCAUGUUCUUGCAGUAAGCCUUGCAGACAACUUUGAUACAUUUGUCAAAUCACUAAAUUUACCAUCUAUUUGUGCACAUAAUUGUGUUCUUGUGUAUACGUCAUCUUGCUUUUUGUAAUGAAAUGCUUUCCUUGUGAAAUAUAAAGGUUACAGAUAACUGCACACCUGAAGAUGUAUGGUAAGUUUAUGAGGGUAGCUUUUGCUACAUUUUGAGAGCCAGUGUCAAACAAUAUUUACACAACACCUAUGUUCCACCUGUAUGUGUUCCUAGAGAACAAAGCAAAACAAAUGUGGGGGUUGAGUAAACUGCAAGUAAAUGGGAAGUGGCUUGUACACCGUUGUUUGAACUCUAGGAGCAUUUCAGACGUUUAGAUGAGUAAGUUGGCCGACUUUUGUGAGCUGCAUUUCCUAUUUGAUGUCAUAGAAUAAAAUUUUGAAAUGUAACGUUCACACCUAUUAUGAUUAAGUGGCAUUGCGUUACUAACGUUCUCACAAAGUGGAAAUUCGGUAAUAUAUUGAAAGAUAUUAUAUUUGAUUAAAUUUAUAAAGAUAAUCAUUUUGCUCAUACAUCACUCUGUAAGUUAGAGUAAGUAACUAAUUUGCUGUUCUCAGUCAUGUGUUUUCUAUUAAAAUGUUGUACUCUGAGCUUACAGGUCACAAUUUAAACCCUAAUCUCUAUAGGUUUUUUUUGUGGGGGGGGGGGGGGUGGAGAUCGUGCCUUUGCUUGUUGGAUGGGAUUUACAGCUUUUCUGUUUUGUUUUGGAGGAACACGUAGCCAAGAGUAUAUCCUAGAGCACAAUAAUCUCUAGCAAUGUGUAAUGAGCUCAAAUUUCCCGGUUGAAAGCAAAACCAUGCCCAUCUUUACAAAAAAAAAUUGCAAAUGGCUGAAAGAUGAAAAUUUGGAGUUUGCUAAUAUUUGGGAACUAUGUGCAGUGUGAUUCUCAAUAUUAUGCAUAUCCCAUAUUGGGAUGUAGAUGUUUGUAGUAUUUGGCUAUACAUUGUAAGAUGUGCUCCUGCAUAUAGUUACAAGAUCACAGUGUACCCUGCAGUUAUUUUGUCCAUAAGCUUGGUAGUAAGCUGGUCACCUCCCUCCAGAGAGUGAAACUUCAGAUGGUAAUUGCCAUUACGUGGCCAUUCCUGAAUGAUAUUGCCAAUAGCUUAAAGGAGAGAAUUUUCUUAAGUUUUGAUUUUAUAAAAAAUACACUCUGGCACCAAUAUCUGUACAUUAUUUCCAGUAUGUGAAUAAAGGUUAUUUGUGAUAUCAAUUAUAUC